UUACCACCACCAAGUAAUUACUAAAUCAAGUAAAGGUAUAUAUACCAAUCAGAUGUUCAAAAACCCUAACACGCCUUUCGUCUCUCAAAUCUGCCGCCGCCGCCAUCGUUCGAUCCUCCUGUAAUGGAUUCGAGUUACUCAGAUUCUCGUCCUUAUGUUGUUUGGAACCAAACCCAGAUGGUUGAUUCAACGAACAACGAGCUGUCUGAAUCACAGACAAUGCCACAGUUAAAAAGGCCAAGACUUGCUGCUGAUGAUAACAACAACACUUCUUGGGGGAUGGUUCCAUCUUCAAACCCUCCUCCUCCUCCUCCUAUGAACAAAGGGACUGCCAACAUCUUCUACAAGACGAGGAUGUGUGUCAAGUUCAAGUCAGGGGCUUGUAGGAACGGAGAGCUUUGCAACUUUGCUCACGGGAUGGAGGAUUUGAGACAACCUCCAUCUAACUGGCAGGAGAUUGUUGGGCCUCCUGUGCAGGACAGGGAGAAGGAUAGGGAAAGGGAGAGGGAAAGGGAGAGACUUUCUUCGGUUUCCUCCGCUGGGGAUAGUAACUGGGAAGAUGAUCAGAAGAUUAUCUUGAGGAUGAAGCUCUGCAGGAAGUUUUGUUUCGGUGAGGAGUGUCCUUAUGGGGACAGGUGCAAUUUCAUCCACGAGGAUCUUUCUAAGUUCCGUGAGGAGAACGGGAAGCUGAGGGAGAGUUUGGCUAUAAGUGUUGUUGAUCCAAUGUCUGUUGAGAAUGGUGUUGCAGCUUCUCAUCAAGUUGAAGUGAAUAGACAAGGAGGCAUCCCUGUACCUGCUGCACCUAUGAUCAAUGGUGGUGGUGGUGGUGUCAAGACUGUGUUUUGGAAGACUAGGCUAUGUGGGAAGUUUGAGAAGGGUCAGUGUCCUUUUGGUGAUAACUGUCACUUUGCUCAUGGCCAAGCAGAGCUGCUGCAACACUCUGUUGGAAGAGUUGAAGGAGAAGCUAUGAACGCAGUAGCAGCAGCGUCUGUGAGUAAACAAACGGUGGUGCCUGCAAACGAACCGUUUGCAAUGAAACCAAUUGCACAAGUGACAGCAGACUCUUCUGGUCUUAACGAUGAAGGGCGGCGAAAGAAGUGUUUGCUCAAGUGGAGCGACUCCAAGAAGAUUAAUCGAAUCUAUGGAGACUGGAUCGAUGAUUUACCGGUUGGGCAGAAGUCGACAAAACCAGUAGAGAGUUAAAAGAGUCUUCUAGUCUUGGUUCCCACUUGGCUUUGUCUUUGAUGAUCAAAGGUGAAUAAAAGCUUUGGUCGAAAAUUUUGAGUAGUAAUAAUCUUUUUUGUGUGGUUACAUAAAGCAAUUCUUUGAUUAGCUAUCUUCUUGAUGAAGAACAUAUACAUAGCUUAGCAUUUCCCUUUCAUUUUAAUAUUUGAUUACACGUGGUUUGUAUCACUAUCUUCAUCUUCAUUUGUUUACUGUUUUACAAAAUAAAUUAGUAUAAUAAAGGCAGUGCCUUACCCAAUAGACCAUUGGUUCAUUAUUCAUAUUAUCGGAACCAAAUGUGAAUGUUGUUUAGUUAGUUUC